AUGUCAAGUCUAAGAGGUGGCUUUCAGCGCCCCGGAGAGUUUUCCAUCACUUCUCCUCGUGCCAAAGGAGCUGACGAAAGUGACAACGGUGACGACCCUGUCGCAAAAGAUGCACGACAAGAUGCCUUGCUUGACACGCAUGCACAGGGAGAUCUAGGAGGUGGUCUUGCAGCCCCGAUUUCGUUCAAGCGCAAGUCAAAGCAUCAGCCACGAUUCAGUUUGUCGAAUCUACUCCCUACUUCAUCGUCCAACUCACCAGAAAGAGUGUCUUCUUCGCCACAGUUCCUGCGUGGUAGAGCUCGAGACCUGCGAGAACAGGGCUCUCAGAAUGGAUCUAGCACCAGCCUUGGUCACAUCAGAACACCUACCAGUGGUAAUUGGACUGAAACCAAAGAAGGAGCGCCUCUGGAUUGGUAUGUUGAAGGACCAGGAAGGAGGGUCGGAUACGAUGACUUGACGACCAUUGAUUGGAUCUUUGAGUAUACCAAAGAACGUCAGCGCCUCCGCGUUCUCCAUGCAAACACAUCGGGCCUGGUGGGUUACGCCAGGCGGGUGCUGGAUGCUAGUCACGUAUGGCUUGUUCUCAUAGUCACUGGUGUCACAGUCGGUGUGCUUGCCGCAUCUAUCGACACCGUCAGUCUCUGGCUGGGUGAUAUUAAGAGCGGUUACUGCCGAAAUAGUGCAGAGGGUGGCCGGUUCUACCUCCAUCGAGGAUUCUGUUGCUGGGGUCAUGAUGAUCCAUCUCAUUGUCAAGACUGGACAACGUGGCGUGAAGCCCUACAUAUUCCGUCCCGGGGUGGUGCUUACACUGUCCUCUUCGCUGCGUGUGCGGCUUUUCUGGUGAAAUCCUAUGCGAUUUAUGCGAGACAUAGUGGUAUACCCGAAAUCAAAACGGUUCUGGGAGGUUUUGUGAUUCGGCGUUUCCUGGGUCUCUGGACUCUGGUUAUCAAAUCGUUAGGUCUUUGUCUAGCUGUUGCUUCUGGGCUAUGGCUAGGCAAAGAAGGACCCCUUGUUCAUGUUGCUUGCUGCUGCGCCAAUCUCAUCAUGAAACCUAUCGAUACCCUUAAGAAUAAUGAAGCCAGAAAACGCGAGGUUCUUUCAGCUGCUGCUGCUUCUGGCAUAUCAGUUGCUUUCGGCUCGCCUAUCGGAGGCGUUCUUUUCUCUCUGGAACAACUCUCCUACUAUUUCCCCGACAAGACGAUGUGGCAAUCGUUUGUAUGUGCCAUGGUUGCCGCUGUCACAUUGCAAGCUAUUAAUCCUUUCCGCACCGGAAAAAUCGUGCUCUACCAAGUUGAAUAUAGCUCCGGUUGGCAUGGAUUCGAGAUGGUACCAUUCGCUUUGCUUGGCAUCACUGGUGGUGUAUAUGGCGGCUUGUUCAUCAAGCUCAAUAUGCUGGUAGCCAAAUUCCGAAAGUCGAACGCCAACCCCCUGAGAGAUUUUCCUGUUCUGGAAGUCCUCUUUGUCUCCGUCCUGACUGCCUUCAUCAAUUAUCCCAACAUGAUGAUGCGCGGUCAGAACUCCGAACUUGUGCACAGUUUAUUUUCAGAAUGUGACAAGCUCGGCACAGACGAUAUCUUUGGCCUCUGCAAGGCCACGACCGCCGGUACGAUUUCAAUGGUCUCACUGUUGCUCACAGCGUCUGGACUUGGCUCUCUACUUACUACCAUAACCUUUGGACUUCAAAUACCUGCUGGUGUCAUCCUCCCGUCGCUCGCAAUUGGAGCACUUUAUGGAAGGGCGUUAGGUGUCGUUGUCGAGCUUUUUCAGAAGCAUCAUCCCGACUUUCUAAUCUUCUCCGCAUGCGAACCAGAUAUUCCCUGCAUCACCCCAGGCACAUAUGCCAUUGUUGGUGCCGCCUCAGCUCUUGCAGGUGUCACCAGGAUGACUGUCUCGAUUGUAGUUAUCAUGUUCGAGCUGACCGGGGCUCUUACAUACGUCCUUCCCAUUAUGAUCGCAGUAAUGCUGUCGAAAUGGAUCGGAGAUGCCUUUUCUAAGCGGGGAAUCUACGAUUCCUGGAUCCAAUUCAACGAGUAUCCCUACAUCGACAACAAAGACGACACGCCCGCCCCAGAUGUCACAGUAUCCAAUAUCAUGACACGAGUCGAAGAAAUGAUCUGCAUAGAUGCGAAACACGCCCACACCAUCGAAUCAUUAAGAACCCUCCUGGACACCACAACCUUCCGCGGCUUCCCCGUCAUAAUAUCAGCCUCAUCCUCCUCAAAUCCAGCAACGUCAAACCUCCUCUCCCCCCUCGACACGCCUGAAAGAACAUGUACACCCUUCACCGCGCCUACAUCCACCACCGCUACAACCCCAAACACCCUCCUCGGCUACAUUUCUCGUACCGAACUGACCUUCGCCCUCAACCUCGCCAGCACCACCACCUCCUCUACCAACGACCCCAAUUCUAUGCCCCCCACACCCUCCAUCUCACGCAACCUACCCCCCUCCACCCCCCGUCUCUUCACCCACCUGGAUGGACCAAACCCCUAUAACCCUCAAUUCGGAAUCCUCCCUCCAACUUACAGUCAACAUGUUCCAGCGCCUGGGGCUGCGAUAUCUGCUUUUUGUGCAGAGAGGCGCGUUGAAGGGCCUGCUGACGAAGAAGGAUCUUUGGUGUUUGCUUAG